AUGAAAUCUGAACCGAUUAGAAUUGCUAAAUUUAUAGCUCAGGCAGGCCUUUGCUCUCGAAGAGAAGCGGAACGCUGGAUUACAGAACGACGCGUUUUUUGUAAUGGUGAACGCGUUGAAACUCCUGCAACGUUGAUCAUUCCUGGUUGUGAUAAAGUGAUGGUUGAUGGGAAAAUUAUUGGGGAUGAACCAUUCAUACUGAGACUAUGGCGCUAUCAUAAGCCAGCGGGACUUUUGACGACACAUUCAGAUCCUGAAGGACGACCAACAGUUUUUGACUCUUUUCCUAAAAGUUUGCCCCGUGUCAUUUCUGUAGGACGUUUAGAUUUAAACAGUGAAGGACUUCUUCUUUUAACAAACCAGGGAAAUCUUUCUCGAUUUUUAGAACAUCCUACAACAGGUCUUAAGAGGCAGUAUAAGGUUCGUGCUUUUGGUGUGAAGCAUCUUGCUCAAAAAAAUUGGGAUCAGCUCACAAAAAAUCUUGUUGUUGAGGGGAUCCGUUAUAAAAAUGUAGAGCUUUUUCUUGAAGGGACAAAAGGGGCCAAUACUUGGUUAAACUUUACUUUGAAGGAAGGAAAAAACAGGGAAAUUCGACGAAUUAUCGAGCAUGUUGGAGGGUGUGUGAAUCGUUUGAUUCGAACAGACUAUGGUCCUUUUUCUUUAGGGGACAUAAAAAAAGGCGCUGUAGAAGAAGUUUCUUCUCAACGCCUUUCGAGCACCCUUAAACAGCUAGGGUUUAAAGAAAAUUAA